GCCAAGAUGAUGACGGCAGAGCAACUAAAUGAUGAGCAGAUUGCAGAAUUCAAGGAAGCCUUCGACCUGUUUGAUAAAGAUGGGGAUGGUGCCAUCACAACCAAGGAACUUGGUACUGUGAUGCGUUCGUUAGGACAAAAUCCAUCAGAGUCAGAACUGCAGGACAUGAUUAACGAAGUCGAUGUUGAUGGAAGUGGUACGAUUGACUUCCCAGAAUUCUUAACCAUGAUGGCCAGAAAGAUGCGAGACAGUGACACGGAAGAGGAGCUACGGGAAGCCUUCCGAGUGUUUGACAAGGAUGAAAAUGGCUACAUUUCUGCGGCCGAGUUACAUCACGUGAUGACAAAUCUAGGAGAAAAGCUUACUGAAGAAGAAGUUGACGAAAUGAUCCGUGAAGCUGAUAUUGAUGGCGAUGGUCAAGUUAAUUACGAAGAAUUCGUGAAGAUGAUGACGUCAAAGUGAACCCUAUGAACUUGUGCAGAUUUCUACAUCUGUGAUAUUAUAUUUUCAAGCUUAUGUGUCCUGAACAGACAAAGAGGGAGAGAGACAGAGAGAGAGAAAGAGAGAGAGAGAUGGACAGAAAUAGAAAGAAGGGGGA